CUGUUACCAUUAUAAGCAAUUUCGGUUUAGAAUUACUUUGCUUGCCUUGUACAUUGUUACUUAAACCUAAAUCACUUCAUAUAUUAUAGAUGAAACCAGUCAGUAUUCGAUGAUUAGCUAAUUAUGUAUAAACUGCUGUUUAUGUUAUUGUUUCCCUGUUUAAGGUUUCUUUCUAUUAUUAGCUUUGAAAUGAGGUGUGGUUAUGGUGAAGAAGGUUCAAAUGGCACAAUAACUGUUAAGGUCAUUUCAAGAGAAGAAAUUGUGUUACUAUUAACAAAGACUACUACGGAUGAUCAAAUUGCAGUUUGUAAAUAUAAUGAAGGACGAUGUAAAAAACAAUCACAGAAAUAUAAUUCUAUUUAUGGAAAGUUAAACACAACAGAAAACGUUCUAGAGAUUAUUUUUCAAAAUUUAUCAAGAAUUCAUUUAGGAGAAAUGACAUUAAGCGAUACAGGUUCGGUCCGAAUUUCUAGUUACAAUGCUUCAUGUUAUUUUAACGUUUAUGCAAAACCAAGAAAAAUUAACUGCACAGUCAAAAUUAAUUCAGAAGAAGAUAAUACAUUUCAUGUUCUGUGUUCGGCGAGUCGGAUUUUUCCAAAAGCAGUUUGUGUCUUUUACAAAUCUUCUAAUGGGAUACUUCAAAUCAUCUCAAGUAGAACAGUUUAUCAACAUACAACAAUAAAAGAAGAUGAGACAGAAUACUAUGAAUCCGAUUGUUCUGUAAAUUUGACAUUUCCUGAUUCAAGAAAUUUCAACAUAACAGUAAAAGUUUUUCCUAAUAUAACAAAACACUCUGAAAAUAUACCGUUUGUAACUGUAUCUUCCAUGGUACUAAUAAUAGAUAGGUGGAACGAAUCAAACAAAACCACUGCAAUAGUCGAUGUAGCAAAUCUUUCGAGAACAACAUCUUUAAAUCAUCGUGAUUAUUCCAAUGUCUACAAUGUACAGACAGAUACCUUGGAGAAACUGAAAUCUGAGAAGACUAUCGUGCUUAACGUUUGGGCUAUUAUUUCUACUGUUGUGACAUUCUCAAUUAUAAUGUUCUUUUUAGUUCUUUUUUUAGGCUAUCGGUACAUCACUAAGUUAAAAAGUGAUUCUCUCAGCGUAACAAUCAGCACAAAUCUACAAAACGAAGAAGUUAUGACCCUGGAUAACCUAGACAUCUACACUAUCAAUUUAAAUGGCAAACAAGAUGUGGAAGAUGUUUAUUGCACAAUUGAAGAGGUUUGGACGCAGAGACUAAGUUUUAUACUCGCUGGCUGUGACAAAAACAUCUCGAAUAUUACAACAGAAAUCGUUUACAAUAGUCCAUAUUUUAAGAUUCAUUGAACGGUAAUUUAAAGCUAACAUAGGAAAACCGGUCUUCUCGAUUUAAUGAUGAAUCAUUGAAUAAUUAUAUUGAUAGUUAAAUCGUUUUAAAGAAUUAGAUUUAACAACUUUCACAUACCAUUUAGAAAUUUAAUUUGAUGUUAAGGUCUCCUCCAAUUCAAUUUUAAUUAUCGUCUUGUUGUUACGUAACAUUGGCAAUUAACAUAUUUAUUCUUCAUAAUAAGAUCCACACUCUUAAAUUUUUAAAGUAGUAAUGGGGUCUUGUAUUAUUUGGAAAAUAUGAUUAUGUCAUAGUUAAUAUUCCUACAGUCAUUGUUAUUCUUGGCUAAAUAAGACCAAUGAUGCAAUCAUAUUGCAAAAAUUUUGAAACGGUUCAAGAAUUCUGAGAAUUUGAAAUCCUUCUCUUAUUUUAUUUGGUUAGAUUGCUUUCAAUAAUAAUAAAUAAAUAAUAAUUAAUAAAACUUAUUCUAGAUUUUGCAUUUUUUUAAGUAUAAAACUGUAUCAAAAUGCAUGAAUUAAUAAGGUUAAUUGACUAAUGGUAUUAUGUCUUUAAAUAUCAUUACGUCUUGAUAUCAGGCUCUUUAUUGGGAAAAUGAAUUCUAAUAUCAAACCUAAUUAACGAUAGCUUAGUUUGAAAUAUUUUGGUACUCUUCAAACAAACUCGACUAGUUAUGAUUUAAUGUUUCAUCUUUCUUUAAUUGUUUUAAUGUUGUAAUCUAAAUACCUUAAUAGCUUACAAUGAUAUUAUUAUAUUUGUUUUCUUUACUUUGGAGUCAUGAAAGUUUAUUUCUUU